AAUAUAUGUUUAUAACUGUUUCUCUCUCUAGAGCUGAUUGGUGACUUGUAGUUUCUUUGUUUCUCGGUAUAGUAUGAAAAUAUGAAUCUCCCCCAAUGAAUGCUCUCCCAUAAACCUCUCUCAUGUCCCAGAAAAGGGUUUAGAUUGAUUUGAGGAGAGGAGAAGAGAUGGUGCGACAAAGGAUUCAGAUCAAGAAGAUUGAUAACGUUGCUGCUAGACAGGUGACUUUCUCAAAGAGAAGAAGAGGGCUUUUCAAGAAGGCUAAUGAACUUGCACUUCUCUGUGAUGCUGAAAUAGCACUUAUGGUUUUCUCAAACACAGGAAAACUCUUUGAGUACUCCAGCUCCAGUAUGAAGCACGUCAUAGAAAGGCACGCCAUGCAAUCAAGAAACACCAAUGAUCCAGAUGAGCCAUCAUUGGAGUUGCAGCUGGAAAAUGGUACAAUUGCGGUGCUGAGCAGGGAAAUAGAAGAGAAGACUCUUGAGAUAAGCCAGUUGAUGGGAGAAGAGAUCAAUGGACUUGGUAUGGAAGACUUGAUCAAAUUAGAGAAAUCUGUUGAAGGAAGUUUAAGUCGGGUCAUUAAAACUAAGAGUGAAAAAUAUGUGAAGGAGAUUGGUGACCUGGAGAGGAAGCAAGAGGAGUUGGUGGAAGAGAACAAUUGGUUGAAGAAGCAAGUGCAAAUGCUGAAUGUAAAUCAAGGAAACGACCAGGAUAAGUCUACAGAAUCCAAUGUUACCAACAAUUGCAGCAGCUCGGAUCAUUAUGAAUCCGACACCUCUCUCAAGUUGGGUCUUCCUUUUCCCAACUAAACUCCCUCAGAAAAAUUCUCACAUCUUUGGUUAGUUAAUAUGUAUGUAUGUAUGUUCAUUAAUGUGUGAUUGAACGAUGAAAAGAUGAAUUGGUGUCUCAAAUUGUCGAUUACCCCGAUUAGCAGCUAAAUCCCAUGGUGUUAUUUAUCUUCAAUAUUUCAACUCCAAGGUGUGUACAUACAGACAGAUGAUGAUGAUACUAAUAAUAAAUGUUACAUUGUUUUGAGAACAAUAUAUAUAAAGAAGCAGCUGGGAGUUGUUGGAUGUUCAUGAAUCAUAUGAUUAUGAUUGUGGAAAGAUAGAUUCUUAAUUAAUUUGUUCAUAUUUCCUCAUUUGCAUAAUUUAAGAAUUUCUUGUUAUGUUGA